AUGGCGGAAGCAGUGCUCUUCACCCUUACCAACGACAUACUGAAACUCGCCGGUUCUAACAUCUUUUCGAAGAUCCAACUUGCACGAGGUGCGAGGGAUGAUCUCAAACGUCUCAAGUACACCGUCAAGACCAUCCAAACCGUGCUUUUGGAUGCCGAGAAGAAACAAUGGGACAGCGAGCAGGUCAAGCUCUGGCUCGCGAGGCUGAAGGACGUGUUGUACGAUGCACAAGACUUGCUGGAUGAUGUCGCAACCGAAGAUCUGAGGCGGAAGGUCACUCCCGAAAACAAGAUGUCAAAAGCGGUACGUUUUUUCUUCUACAAAUCAAAUCAGCUAGCACAACCCUACAAAGUGGCUAAGAGGAUCCAGGAAAUUAGGAAGAAAUUGGAUUGGAUUGCAAAAGAUAGGAAGUUCCGUUUAGAGGAGCAUCGGAGUGAGGCAACUGUUGCUAUUGUGAGGAGGAGGACAACUGACUCUUUUGUGCGGAAGGAAGAAAUAAUUGGUAGACAAUCUGAUGAGAGGGAGAUCAUCAAAUCUUUGCUUGAUUCCUCCUCCGAAAAAAGUGUUUCGGUUGUUUCCAUAGUUGAAAUACUGAAAUCUGUCCGAGAAGACAUUGAUAAGAAGCCUGAGGGCGAAUUGCCGGAACUUCUUCGUAAGGUACUAGACGGGAAAAAAUAUUUGCUUGUUUUGGAUGACUUGUGGAAUGAAGAUCGCGGGAAGUGGUUGGAGCUUCAAAGUUUGCUAAUGGAUGGUUCAUUGGGGAGCAAGAUACUCGUAACCACACGCAAUCAGUCGGUGGUGGAGGCUAUAGGUACAAAAUCAGGUAUCUAUUAUCUAAAAGUCUUACCUGAAGAUAAGUCAUGGGACUUAUUCAAGAAAAUGGCUUUCGGAGAUGAGGAAGAAUCAUUAAAACAAAAACUGCAGCAGAUAGGUCGAGAUAUAGUUAAAAAAUGCGGUGGUGUUCCCCUCGCCAUCAAAACUAUAGGCAACCUUUUGUAUGCCAAAAAGGAAAAGGAGUGGCUCUAUAUCAAAGAGCAUGAAUUCUCAAAAAUAGAUAUGUUAAAUCCUGGAAUAAUUGAAGUCCUCAAAAUCAGUUACGAUCAUCUUCAGCCAGGGCUUAAACAUUGCUUUGCAUAUUGUGCAUUGUUUCCAAAAGAUUUCGUCUUCAAUAAACCAGACAUGAUACAGAUGUGGAUGGCACAAGGUUUUAUUGAGUCAUUUGGAUCAUUGCACGAGAACGAACAGCUAGAAGAGAUCGGCAAUGGUUAUGUCUCAGACCUAUUGUAUGGGUCAUUUCUUGAAGUCGAGGAGGCCAAUCCUUACACAGGUGAGGUGGAAAUGUUCAAGAUGCAUGAUCUCAUGCACGAUCUUGCCUUGAAAGUCGCGGGAAAUGAGUGCAAGAUGGUCAAUCUCAAUAAAGCAGGAAGUGGCUCCUCUACUAGAAGUGACCAAUCUACGGACAUUUCUCCCUUUGGGAGGAAUAAAUAG